GGUGGUUGAAAGGAGAAGGAACACCGUUUGUUAUGCUUAUGCACACAUGUAUAUGAAACCGUCCACAAGCGAAUUGGCGAAUCGGAUAAGCAGAGCAUUGAUCACCGCCUCCGAUCAAUCUACAUGGACUUCGCUACUCGAACAAAGCCUCCAUGGAAUCGGUUGCCGCCACUCCCUCAACCCAUCACUCGUUUCCCGUGUCAUCGAUCCUUUCCUUAUCCAUCACCCUUCCCUCGCACUUGGCUUCUUCAACUGGGCCUCUCAGCAACCAGGUUUUACUCACACUUCUAUCUCCUACCACUCCAUACUCAAAUCUCUCUCCAUCUCCCGCCAAUUCACCGCGCUUGAUACACUUAUGAAACAGGUCAAAACCCUCAAUAUUCAACUUCAUCCUUCCCUCUACCGAUCUCUCAUUGCAUCAAAUGUCGCCGGAAAAAAGGCCCUCAAUGCCUUUUCGGUAUUCAAUCAUGUAAGAUGCUUGAUUCCCGAUAUUGGUGAUCAUACUUGUAAUUCUCUAGUUGCGGCUCUUUCUUCUGCUCGGAAUAUGGGUUAUGCUCAACAAGUGUUCGAUGAAAUGACAACUAGAGGUGUUCGUGUAAGUACCCUUGGUUUCGGUGUGUUUAUAUGGAGAUUUUGCAUAACUGCUGAAUUAGAUAAAACUCUCUGCUUGUUGGAUGAUGUUAGACGGCAAGAUUCGGGUGUCAACGGCUCGAUUGUUGCCCUUUUGGUUGUUCACGGCUUGUGUUCUGCGAGUAGGGUAUUCGAGGCUAUGUAUAUGUUGGAUGUGUUGAGGAAAAGAGAUUGUAAACCUGAUUUUAUGGCAUAUAGAAUUGUUGCAGAAGCUCUAAGAGCUACUGGAAAUGUAGUUGAUGUGGAGAAAGUCUUGAAGAUGAAGAGAAAGCUUGGGGUGGCACCAAGAGCUAGUGAUUAUAGAGAUUUCAUAUUUCAGUUGAUUUCAGAGAGACUAAUUUGUGAAGCUAAAGAUUUGGGUGAAGUUAUUGUAAAUGGGAAUUUCCCAAUUGAGGAUGAUGUUCUCAAUGCACUGAUUGGAUCGGUAUCCACGGAGGAUCCUUGUUCUGCAUUGAUGUUCUUUAAAUUCUUGGUUUCGAGAGAGAGAUUGCCCACUCUUCUUACGUUCACCAAUCUGAGUAGAAACUUGUGUAGGCAUGAAAAACAUGAUGAAUUGGUACAAGUUUACAAGAUUCUAUCUUGGAACCAGUAUUUUGUAGAUAUUGAGAGAUACCAUGUAAUGGUUUCAUCCUUUUGCAAGGCAGGGAAAGUGAAAGAAGCUUACCAGGUUCUUCAGGAGAUGAAGAAGGAAGGGGUGGGUCCAGAUAUUUCAUCUUAUAAUCUUGUUAUGGAGGCUUGUUGUAGAGAAGAUCUAGUCCGACCUGCUAAACGGUUAUGGGAUGAGAUGUUUGCAAAUGGGUGUGAAGCCAAUUUGAAGACUUACAACAUAUUAAUCUCGAAGUUGUCUAAAAUAGGUCAGGUGAAAGAGGCUCACAGGCUUUUCUGCCAUAUGUUGGAGAGAGGGCUGCAACCUGAUGCAACAACAUACGGUUUCCUACUUGAAGGCCUUUGUCAAGAAAAUCAACUGGAAACUGCUUUUGAGGUUUUCAAGAAGUCUUUUGAACAAGAUGCAGUGAUUGCGAAGGAUAUCUUGAGAGAAUUCAUACUCUAUCUCGUUAGAGAAGGUCAAUAUAUGGCUGCUUCAAACUUGGUCCAUGAUUAUACAACUACUAUAGGACAUUCAGAGUCUAACAUGAUGUUGCUAAAAUGUCUUGUUGAUGCUGGAGAGGUUGUUGUUGCUAUUGAACACAUGAAGAGGGUUGGGGAAAUGUGGCCUUCGAUGUUGAAUGAGCUUCAUGCUGAGCUUUUGUCAUGGUUUACAUCUUCACCAAAACCGCAGCCAAUUUUGGAGUUUAUUCAAGCAAUUGAGGGUCUUCAGCAGAAUCAUGUAGUCUCAAAUACUCUUCCCAAAUAAUUUAGCAUGCUUCUAGUUGCUCCAUAAGAUUUGCAGUUUGCAUUUGCUAGGUGUAAGGAAAGGAAAAAUAGCAGCAUGGAAUCACUCAUCAUCUUCUUUGUCUUUUCAUUGCUUCUCACUGUCUGGAUAUCUUUGCAAGUUGAUGCUUCAAAACCCUCCAUUCCCCAUAUCUCGGUUGUCGGUGUUGUCUACUGUGAUGCCUGUUCCAACAACUCUUUUUCUCACCAUAGCUACUUCUUGCCAGGGGCAGAGGUAAGGAUAGAUUGCAGGUUUAAUGCAGCUUCUCCAAGAACUGCAGAGCAGAUAUCCUUUACAGUCAACAGGACUACCAACAGAUAUGGAGUCUACAAGAUGGAUAUACCUUCUGUUGAUGGG